AUGACUUUUUUCUCUUUCCCGUCUCUUCCUUUCAGCAGACCCACUGUCAGAGCCAGAUGGACCUUUCUCCUCCGACUUGAACUCCAUUUUACUAUCUUGGAAUUGCAGAUCAUUGAAGGAUGCCGUUCGCUGUGUGCCCAUCAGUUCGGGUUCUUUCUCACGUGCAACCUUAUCUUUUCUGGAUUUGUGACGUUGUUGGCGACGUUUCCGAGCUCCCUCUGCUUCUUUUUCCAUGUCCAUCCUUUCUUCCCUUUCCACUCUUUGUUGUUUAAGUUGCCGAGCAAGAGGAGAGCCUGA